AUGGUCGCCCUAGGUCACAGCCCUAGCUACCGUGGCGACCCAUUUCUCGUUGCCAACCGAAGUGCCAACAUCCCUCACGCCCUCAAUUGUUCGGUCUUCAUCGUCAACCUUCCUGCUACCCUGACGGUCCAUCGGCUCAUCAUAGCCCUUCACGGCAUGGGCCCCUUGGGCCGCGUCUUUGCAAUUCAUAUCAACGCCCCUGAGCAUGCCCGGGGCCAUCACGGCUGCGCGGCCAAGGUGGUCUUCUUCGAGCGGGACGCCGCACACCACUUCAUGCUCCUAUGCCGACAGCGCGGCUUCUUCGUCGAUGGCCAACAGGCGCACGUCAUGUGGAACCGCGUCAAGACCGCCGAGAACCCGACGCUCGUCCACUCGGAUGCCAGCCGUGUCCUACUCAUCGGGGGUCCUCCCGCUUUUGUCAACCCGCGCACCCUGACCGAGUUCUUCAAGACCAAACUGGAUUUCCAGGUCGACGAGAUCAUUACUCGGAUUUAUGGAGGCGCCAGCGGAACCAGUGUCCUGGAGUACCGCUUUGGCAGCUACCGGUGUCAGGCGCAGGCGGCCAAGAUGGCCUUGGACCGCGAGUUUCCUCACAUUCAGUGUUUCUUCACGGCGGACCCUCUGGAAUCGGGUGUUUGGAACGCACUCGAGUACCACAAAUUCCCCAAGGCCUUGCCGGUGCCGUGA